CAAAUUUAGGCCUAUAUAUAUCCCGUUCGCCUGCCCCCCUCAUACAUAGUCCAUUAGUUUCCUUAUAAGUUAUACAUAGUUAUACAAUAGUUCAAUAUGGCAGGGCAGACUCUCUUGGCUCUUUCAUUCGCUGCACUUCUGUUGAUCGGCGGUGAAUCGGCAACAUUCACAAUCAAAAACAACUGUCCCAUGACAAUCUGGCCAGCUGCAUUCACCGGGGAGGGAUCACAGCCAUCAACAACAGGGUUCGAACUAGCUUCACAGGCAUCGAAUACUAUCGACGUUCCAUCUCCAGCAAAAACUUCGGGAAGAAUAUGGGCUAGAACUUACUGCACAGCCACUUGCCUUACCGGAGAGUGCGGACAAGGAGGCGGACCCUGCAGUGGAGCUACCGGUGUUCCACCAGCAACCCUAGUUGAAUUCACAUUAAACGACAACGGUGGACUGGACACCUACGACAUCAGUAAUGUUGAUGGUUCUAACUUGCGUGUUACUCUAGCACCUGAUAACUCGGCAUGUGUGACAACCAGCUGCCUGGGUGAUAUAAACGCAGACUGUCCUGCAGAUCUGGCGAGAAAAUCUGGUAGUGAAACAGUGGGAUGCCUUAGCGAUUGUGCGGCCUUAAAUAGACCAGAAGAUUGUUGCACUGGUGCGUUUAAUACUACACAAACAUGCCAGCCAUCAAGGUCGGCAAAUUACUUUAAAGAAAAGUGUCCACAGGCUUAUGGCUAUGCUUUCCAUGAUCAGAGUAGCACCUUCACUUGCGCUACCGGAACUAACUACCAAAUCACAUUCUGUCCGUGAAAACUACUGAAUUUAAGUUGAUAUGUCAAGCGCAAACUAAAUAAAUUGCUCCCACUUAAUUUCUAGGUACUACAAUAAGAGAGCAAUAACAUUGAAUAAGUGAUGUACACUGUUUUACCUUUACUGAUUGUCUCCACAAUAUUUUAUACCUAUGCCUCUUUCCUUGUCUUCUUAUUUGUAAGAAUUUUAUUUUUGUUGGUUAAAUAUUUUUAUAAGAGUUGCGCGUGACUCGAGUGAAAUAUGUCAUUUUAUAAGAGAUUCACAUGACUAGUAAAAUAUGUUAUUUAUUUAUCAUUGA